AUGUGCGAAAAUUUUCAUUCAUUCGAGGAAUCAAGCUCGAAGCUACUAACUACGCUACCCGCCGAUCUCUUCAAUCAAGCGAUGUCCAACAAUAACCCUAUAUUUUCUUUGGUGCAAAAGCUAGCUCCGGGAACUGCCGGGCAACUAACACAAGGUAUUGUUGUCAAUGGAUUUCCGAUCCGGCUCGAGAAGAACUUGCCGAUUUUCAAGUACGAUCUCAGAAUUUUGGUCUACUUUCCGCGUGCCGCCAAACCUCGUGAGGUCACUAAGCAGAACCGUGAAGAUUUCACGGAGGUGAACAGGAAACUCAUUCAGGCUGAGUUGAUGUCCAUUCUUGUUGCACGCGAAAGCACAUUCUUCCCUGAAGGACAAGCCUCAUUCGUUACCGAUUCCGCUGCUUGCUGCUACAGUCUCAAUCAGUUUUCCAUUGAAGAUUUGGAAAAUGGUGUCACAUUCACUUUGGAUGCAGAGGAAUUGGCUGAUGUCAGUGGAAUCAGCAAUCCCGUAAAAGCUGAAAUUAUCCUCAAGCCCGCUAAGGAAUUCCAAAGCUCCUCCAAUAAUCUCGACAAUUUCUUCAAAGAAUUUGCAAAUGUGGCGGUAUCGCACGAGGCCUACCAACAUAAUGAGAAGUUUGUUGUUGCAAACAGCGAUGUGCUCUUUAUCGAUCCGCAAGCCGGAGGAUUUAAUCGCGACGAUGCCCCUGACCUACCAGGCGCUGCCAAAGCGAUUCCUACGCUGAAAAAAAGUGUGAAAGUCGUUGAAGGUCCACCAGUUCAAGGACAAAAGCCGAAGCUCAUGAUAAUGGUUGAUCUGAGCAAGCAUCCUAUGCACCUCGAAGUCUCUCUUGAGGAGAAGAUCAAAGCCACUUACAUGGAACAUGGUGGACGCUCGGCCCCUCGCUCUUUCAACAUGCAAAACGCUUUGAAAGCUCAACAUGUGCUGAAUCAAUUGAAAAAUCUUGAAGUUCAACCGAUACAUCGUUCCAACGCUCCUUCAUUCACGAUCAAGGGUUUUGGAGCACCUGCAAAUGUCCAAGUCAUUCACCAUGGAGGCCCAACUGUGCAAGCAUUUUUCAAGACUCAAUACGGGAAAAAUCUCAAGAAUCCAACAUGGAACGUCGUGCGCGACUUCAGGGGCUCUUUCUUCCCCAUCGAAGUGCUCAAGGUCUGCCCGUAUCAAAAAGUGAAGAAAUCGCAGGAGUUUGCUGAGCAAGGCGAAAGCACGACCAAAUCGGCCUCAACGCUACCGGCGCGCCGCAAGCCCCAAAUCAUCACGGCAUUGAGGGCGCUCAACAUCAACAACGACAAUUUCAUGCAGGCAGCUGGCUUCAGGCUCACCAAUGAAUUGAUGUAUAAAUUGAGCACCGCUCGUCUUUUGAAUCCUCCUCGCAUUGUCUUCGCCCAGGGUCAAGGAGAACACGUGACGAAUGGAAAAUGGCGCUUGAACAAAAACCAUUUCUUCGCUGCUGCCAAGGUGCCCAAAUGGGAAUUGUGGGCCAACGUCGAGGAUAGAAACCUUGAUACAGUCGGCAAAUUUGUGACUCAAAUGAUCACAAGAGGACGUAAUCGCGGUGUUCAGCUUGGAGUACCAAAGAAGCUUCACAUUGAUGCCAAUGAUAUGGAUCAAUACAUGGCUGAUGCAAAGAAGAACGGCACCCAAUUUGUUCUCGUCGUCAGUGAGGAGUAUGAAGAAAGACACAAGGAGCUGAAGUACCUGGAGAUCAAGUACAACAUUCCCACUCAAGAAGUGACGAUGAGGGUGUGUCGCAAUGCUGUUGAGAAGAAUCAAGGAGUCACUUUUGAUAAUAUCAUCAUGAAGACAAACAUCAAGAACCGAGGACUCUGCCAUGACAUUCACUUCCAAAAUCAAGACAUUCAACAUCUUGUUUCGCAUCCCGAUCGUGUGAUCAUUGGAAUUGAAAUGAGCCAUGCUUUUGCGGGAACUGGUGAGCGCUCAGCUUCUAUUUUGGGAUGGAGUGCCAACUGCCUCCAGCAUCCCACUGUCUACACUGGCAACUUCAUGUUUGUUCAAGCAAGGGAUGCCGAGCCCGAUCUUUCGCCUGUGUUCAAGCAAAUCUUUGGACGCCUUCAGAAGUACCGGAAGCCCCCAAAGUUCUUCGAUAUUUUCAUCGGUGGAGUGUCUGAAGGACAGCUUGCUCGGGUUGCCAAGAAUGCGGUGAGCCGUUUGAUGGAAGUUUGCCGCACUGUCAAAGUGACCGCAGAGAUCAGUCUUGUGGCCGUGUCACUAGACCACGUUGAGCGGUUUUUCUUGGAGAAACCUGAUCCAAAUGGCCGUUGCGGUGAGCAGAAUGUGUCGCCUGGUCUUGUGGUGGACCGUGAAGUGGUGAGCACGAUGCGCUCCGAGUUCUACUUGACUGCUUGUCAGCCACUCCAGGGCACGGUCAAGGUGCCAAAGUACACGGUUUGCGUGGAUACCACCAACAAGCGCACCAUGGAUCAAUAUCAAGCUCAAGCUUACGGUCUUUGCCACCUGCAUCAAUACAACACGGCUACAACGAGCAUCCCCACUCCACUUUAUGUGGCAAGGGACUAUGCUCAGCGUGGAGCCGACGUUUUUCCAUUCAUCGUUCAACGAGAUUUGGCUGACGGUCAGUGGAGCUUGGAUCAUCUCAAUCAAGUGACUUACCAGCGCACUCCGCUCGAUGAUGUCCGAUUGGCC